AUGCCCUGCGGGGGAGUGGAAGAUUACUGUGAGACAGUCGCGGCAGGUGGCGGUGGAGUGCCGGAAUUGCAAAACGAGCGACGACGUGGCGAAAGUCUGCAACUUCUCGUGCACGGGCGUGAUGCCACCGAUGGCAGAGCACGAGGAUGGAACGCAGUGCACCCUGACGGCCCGGCCGCGGAAAGCACGGAGCUGAGCCGGACAGCAAAGCGGCCAUGCGAAAUCUGGCGAACAAGCUGGCCAGCACAGUGCCUUUCUAGGAGAUUUUUAAGCUCGUCCUCGUUCAAUGUUCUCGCUCAGCAGGCAGAAGAUGGAAAGAGGGCAGCGCCGUCUCUUUCUUGUCUCUAUCUGGCUGUGUCUUUUCUCUCUCUCUCUUGGUUGUCUCUAUCUGGCUCUCUCAUCUCUUUCUCUCUCUACCCUCUCUUUCACCCUCUCGCACAUCCAGAAACUUGCGACGGGCAGCAAGCAGAACUGGCUCAUGGACUAUCAGCAGGAGUCUAA